CAUUCCUUUGCUUCCAGACCUCCCUCCAAAGAGAAGUCUGCAUCUGUGUAACAGUGGCUACAGCCUUCUCCAUCCAGCUGAGAGUGAAAUUGUGUGUGAAAGAGGAGUCAGGGUACCCUGUCUGGCACACAGCGCAGAUUACCAAGACUCUUGCACUUGCUAACAGCUCAGCUGCGUGCUCAAGGAUGCUGCAUCUGAAAGUCCAGUUCUUGGAUGACUCCCAGAAGAUCUUUGUAGUGGAUCAAAAGUCCUCUGGCAAAGGGUUAUUCAACCUGAGUUGCAGCCACCUGCGCCUGCUGGAGAAGGAAUACUUCGGACUGGAAUUCCAAAGCCAGGCCGGAAACAAUGUUUGGCUGGAGCUUCUAAAACCCAUAACAAAACAGAUGAAAAAUCCUAAGGAGGUUCUUUUCAAAUUUAUGGUGAAAUUUUUCCCAGUGGACCCUGGACAUCUGAGAGAAGAGUUGACAAGGUAUCUCUUUACCCUUCAAAUCAAGAGGGACCUGGCAGGCGGGAGGCUCCCCUGCAGUGAGAACAGCGCCGCUUUGCUGGUGUCGCACCUCUUGCAGUCUGAGCUGGGGGACUUUUACGAAGAAACAGAUAAGAAGCACCUGGAGAGCCACCAGUAUUUACCCAACCAGGAAUAUUUAGAUGAUAAGAUCAUGCAUUAUCAUCAGAAGCACGUUGGGAAGACGCCAGCUGAGUCGGACGUUCACCUGUUGGACAUAGCCAGGAAGUUAGAAAUGUAUGGGAUUAGACCCCACCCCGCAAGUGAUGGGGAAGGGACGCAGAUCAAUCUGGCUGUCACGCACAUGGGAGUGCUGGUUUUACGGGGGAACACAAAGAUUAACACAUUCAACUGGGCCAAAAUUCGGAAACUGAGUUUUAAGAGAAAACAUUUUCUAAUCAAACUACAUGCAAAUAUCUCUGCUUUGUGCAAGGACACCUUAGAGUUUACCAUGGCAAGCAGAGAUGCGUGCAAAGCGUUUUGGAAGACAUGUGUGGAGUAUCAUGCUUUUUUUCGACUCUCCGAAGAACCAAAAUCCAAACCCAAAGCCCUCCUGUGCAGCAAAGGUUCACGUUUCCGCUAUAGCGGCAGAACCCAACGGCAGCUGCUGGAGCACGGGCGCAAGGGGAAGGGGACAAGUGCGCCGUUUGAGAGGAAACACUACCCGGCUCAAUACCAUGAAAGGCAGUGCCGCUCGUCCCCAGACCUCCUCACAGACGUGUCCAAACAGGUUGAAGACCUGCGCCUGGCCUACGGCAGCAGAGCCUGUUACCGGAACACAAACGGAGUCCAUGCGUCAGAUCCCAUGCUGGACAGCAGGAGGCGGAAUUCCUCCAUGGAGGUGACGUUCGCAGCGGAGCUGGAGCGCUCCAAGCCUGAAGCUGACCCUAGGCUCCUGCCCCAUUCCAAAAGCAGCUCGGCCUUCCCGUUGGCCUACGCCGAGCUGGAGCUGGAGUGGGAGCCGGCCGAUGGCUUCGGGCAGCGCCGCCCGCUAACUUCCUUCCAGCCCAGGCACACGAUCACUGGAAACAGUAAAAGCACCUCAGUUGGCAACAUGCGGGAGGUCAUCUCCAGGCAGCUGAGCUACACAGAUGUGCCCUAUGUCCCUUCCGCCAGCCAGCCGCUGGAGACGACAUCUCCGCAAGUGUUAUUCUACGUGGACAGGCCUCCCCUGGGACCACGCCUCACGCCAGCCGCCGCCGAGGAAGCAGGGAGGGGGCUGAGUGGCCUUGGCCCCAUGUCAAUGAAACCUCCCAAGAGAUGGCCAGGCCCGGCACGGAUGAAGGAGCUGCAGCCCGAGGCCUUGCCUAGGACUUGCUGUGUCAGCAGGCACUUGGAAGAGGAGAGCAGAGCCCUGGCUGGGGCUUUUGACUACAGCAAUCAAGAGCAACUGCCCAGAAGAUCCUGGAGCCAGUCCGAUAUGAAAACCAUCCAUUUCCCAUAUGGGUCGGAGUUCAGGCCGCUGGGCCCUUGCCCUGCUCUGAGCAGUAGAAAAGCGAGUAUCUUACGGUCCAUGCUUGCUCAGCAAGGGCUGUCCAACCCCCCUGCAGCUCCACGCCCGGCCGAACGUGGCGUGGCCAGCGGGACCGAGUCUAGCGACUCAGACCCGGAUCUCCUCAAUGCCGAUUACUACUCUCUGUAUGGCCGGGUAGGAAAGUCGCCCCUGGCCCGGGUGCGUCUGUCCUCAGGCAGUCUCCAGCUGGAGGAGGAGGAGGAUGAAGAGGUGUCCUUUGCGACAAGCAGCGCAGAAGCAAGGACUUCAAUGGGCAUGUCCAGUUAUUUCACGUAACUGUCUCCAAUCGGCUUGAGAGCGCAGAGAUUUCUAAAGCCAGCUUGAAGGAACAGGCAAGUCAUUUUUGUGUGGUGCUGCUCCCUCCUCCUUGCUAAGCGUUGUGACGGGUUAGUGUUGCGUGAGUACAAUCAGCUGUAGAGACUGUGUUAAUGGACGACGGGGGAGCUCUAGGACAUAAAGAUCUAGGCAACAGGCAAGAAAAAAGUAGCCAACAGUGGGCACCCCAGCAAAAUCUCCUACAUCGAGGUUCUCAAUGAGCAGGAGUCAGCUAGUCACAUCCACUGGGCUCACCCAAACUGCGAAAUGGCAAGCAAGCGCCAGUCAAUUCAUGGCUACUGGGGAAGAAGGGUCCCGAUGCAUGGAAGGUGGAGAACCACUGUCCGACAGCACGCCCACAGAAACGUCACCUCCAUGCUCCUCCGGGAGGGGAACAGAGUAAAUGAAAGCUGCUAAAAUGUCUGUUUCUAGGAGAGAGAGCGAGACCCCAAGCUGGCCCGAAUUCCACUGGGAGCCUGUUUGGGAAGACUGGGACAACAUGUGGCCACACAAGCACUGCCCAGUGUGGGCCCAAACCUGGGAGGAGACACACGCUGAGCUCCCAGAGACACAGGCUUCUCGAACCCUCAAUUCAAGAGACCUGGGCAGAAUCACUGAGGUGGGGUGUGAGAACACUUCAGGCUGGCUGAACUGUCCCACCCGUCAGUAGUGAAUGGACCAGCCGAUGCCCAAACACGGCGCUCACCUGGAAUAACCUGUAACGGGUGAGUGCUGUGCAGCUGGACAGGCUCCCAGUGGCACUCCCAAGUUGCAAUGUAAGACACUGUGGUUACUAGGGAAGGCCAAAAAAAAGGAACAUAUUUUUUGGUGUGGAAAAAUUUCAGAUAUUGAUGUUUUCUGAUCAGCUUUUGUAUUUACCAACCACAGGGCCAGGAAAGUGGCAAUUCCUGUUCUGAACCUGGUAUUUUAGUUUUUAAAACUUCUAAACCCAGCAAAACCUUUGUAAGAAAAAAAAAAAGACGUCCAAGAGCCCCAAGCAGAGCGCUGUGAGAGGCUGUCGUGCUCUCUGCCCAGUCCUGUAGGCCGCGACUGUAAGGGGAGGCUGGAGAGUGCCCUGGCAGUGCUCUGACAGUCACACACUUGCCUGGCAAGGAGCAGGCAAACCAGACUGCCGGGCUACAUGCUAGAGUGGCUUUUCUGGGCACGCUCCUGCUGGGGAAAGACGCAAACAUGAAGUGAACAGUCAAGACAACUGGGCUUAGCAGGAUGCUGCCCACCCUGUAUUUUUCAAGCCCUCGUCUUCGUUCUGUAGUUUUGGAGGCUGGACACUAAAACAAAUGACCCGCCCCUAGACACACACUGCCUUUUUUUUAGGCACAGCAGAAGCACCCGUGGCCCAGGGACGCCUACACCCCAGCAGAUGUAGGAAUCCCCAGGUGUUUAGCUUCCUUCUCAUUGCUCCACCAAUGGUCACCCACCGGACGCACAACAGGGGCAGGUUAAACCUGGAGAUCGCAGGACACUCAUCACAAUCCUGCACCCCUCCACAGAGCGGCCAGGCCGGUUCCUGUCCCCCUGCCAGCUGCCAUUUGCUCACCCUGC